CAAAAACCCCGCUGAAAGCAUGGAGCAACCCAAGAAAGGGGUGGCCAUGGUGUGGGUGAAUGCGAUCCUGCGACGCCUUGUCAAGCCUCGCAUGCGCGGCGAGACAUUUCGCAAAUGGGCGAGCCGGAACAUGGACAGCUCGACGCUGGCGACAAUUCUAGACGUGUUCCAGGUCACCCUUGGAAUUGGCGUCACGAUGGUGUACUUUUACCAGAACUGGACGAAGUUCCAAGUUGCCAUCGAGUCACCGAGCGUGAAACACGCGCAACUGGUGAUUGGCGUGCUCUUCACGUUGGACUAUAUCAUUCGUUUUGCCGCGGCCGAGAGCCGAGAAACGUUCUUCUUCAACACCAUGUCCCUGGUCGACCUCGCCACGAUCUUGCCCCAGUGGCUCGAGAUGGUCAUCUCCGAGGACUCGGACUUCAAGGCCCAAGCGAACGCCCUCAAGACCCUGCGCGGCCUCCGCUUCCUUCGGGCCUUUCGCUUGCUCGUGUUUGCCAAGACCGCCAAAGGACGACAGGCCGGCAUCCUCUUCCUCACCGUCAUGUCGAUCAUCUUUUGCUCUGCCGGUAUCAUCCAGGCGAUCGAAGCAUGCGCCAAAGUCGGCGACACCAAGUGCCAAGACAUGGAAAUCUACAACGCCGCGUAUUUCGUCGUCAUCACAAUCGCCACCCUCGGAUUCGGCGACCUCGCGCCGAAGACGUCGAAUGGCAAAGUGGCCGUGAUCGCUUUGAUCUUUUCCACGGGCAUCCUCUUGCCGCUCCAGAUUAGUCGAUACAGCGACAUCCUGAGCCGAGAGACCGAGUUCGACAAGUCGUUCACGGCGCGCAAGGAGAAGAACCCACACAUCCUCAUCUGCGGCGAAGUCAACUCGGGCGCGCUCGACUUUUUCCUGCGCCAGUUCCUCCACCCCAACAACUUCAACUGGAAGGACAAAGUCGUGAUCCUGUGUCCGGGCCUGCCGUCGCACAACCUGCGGCGUAUCUUGCUCAACAGCGCGUACGAGCAGCGCGUUGUGUAUCUCCAGGGAAGUGCCAUGCUCGACUCGGACCUGAAGCGAGCUGGCGCGGCCAACGCCCGUCUCUGUUUUGUCAUGCUCAACAAACUGUCUCAAGACGGCGACCGGAACGACACGGCGUCCAACUUGCUCACGAUUUCUCUUCGGCAUCACACGAACGACGUGCCGCUGUUUGUGCAAGUGCUCAAGACCGACAACAUCCGACACAUCCACAUGUCUGGCGCGAGCAACAUCAUCUGCAUCGACGAGCUCAAGCUCGGGAUUCUCGCAAAGGCAUGCGUGAUUCCAGGACUCUGUGCCUUCCUCUGCAACAUGCUGUUCACGUUCCGUCCGUACUAUGUUCGCAGCACGCUAUGGGCGUCCGAGUUCCUCAUGGGCUGCGCGCACGACGUCUACGAAGCCAAGCUGCCGGACUACCUCGACGGCCUGUUGAGCUUUGCGACCUUGGCGCUGAUCUUGUACCAAGAGUGCGGGAUCUUGGCGUUGGCCAUCACUAGUCGGAAUCACCUAAACAUGCGCCUCUUUCCAUCCAAGACGAUAUUGAAAAGAACCCACCACAUUUUCUUGCUUGCAACCAACCCGGACGCAGUUAACCAGGUCGAGUCGCUCGCGUUACCGACACUGCAAAAGUACGAAGGGCGCAUUGCGAAUUUCCUGAGGGUGGCUGAACGAUGGCAUGCCAACUCGAUGGCGGGCAAACUGCGCACGACCAUGCGGGGGUCUGUGGCAAGCGUGGCUCAUCCGUCGAUGUCAAUACGGUCCGUCGAAUCGUUGCGUGAAUCGGCAACGGAAUCCGUGCAGGAUGAAUUGCCCAGGCGGCGGUCGCAACUGCUAAAUUCGUAUCGGUCGUCGUUUGAACUGUUGGCCAAGUCAGCUGACCAUAGUCCAUCGACCCGCCAGGAUCGAAGCUGCGUCACACGAGUGAUUCCGUACAACGAAAUCGACUCUGACUACAUGAUCGACCCGGACGACUCAAUGGUCGACAAAAACGAUGCCGAUGACAGUCCGGGCGAGUGUCACCCUGUCGAGCCUUCGGGUGGCGCACCACCACUGCUGGAAUCUGUCCAAACUGUCGAGCCGCACACGAAGCAGCUGCUGCAGAAAUUUUCAUCCCACUUGCUGCACGUGGAUGGUGACGCUGGGGUAUCAACCAGCGGCAAUGUACUGUCGCCCGCCACGGCCGCCAACCAUGCUGAUUGCUUUACUUCGUUUCUCGAUCAAGCGCUGCCAUGUUCGCUGUCCGGCCACAUCAUUCUAUGCGGCAUGCCGAAUGCACUGCAUGACUUUAUCGCGCCGCUGCGACACCAGCUCGACUUUCACGCCAACUCGACGCAAUUUCUCGGCAGCACGCAGACCGGGAUGACAGACACACCGAUCGUCGUGAUCUCGCAGAUUCUCCUCACGGAAAAACAGCACGCGAGCAUCGCCCACUUUCACCAAGUGUACUUUAUUUGUGGGUCUCCCCUGCAAGAAUCGGUGCUCCGCCAAGCGUCGGCGUACACGGCCAAGAGCAUUGUCAUUCUCGGGACGUGCCUGCAGUCCAAGCAGCGCAUCGACGACGACCUAGGCGACGACGACGACAUGGCCGCCGACACGAAAGACCAAAACAUGCUCGACACGGACGCCAUAACGCUCCAUCGAUACGUUGUCGAGUUUUGCGAGUGCAAUUGUCCGAAAGGGACGCCUAUGACAACCGUGAUCGUCGAGUUGAGUCGACCGAGCAGUUUGCGUUUUCUCAAGGAUGAUCUCGUUCGGGCAGAGAGUCCAGCAACACUGCAAGCCGUCAAAGCCCUGACGAAGCGCGUGCUGUCCCGCGCGGAUGACCCCCUCGACAACAUCUGCCAUCCCAUCUACGCUGCAGGCAAGGUGUUCAUUUCCAACUCGUUGGAUGCUGUCUUGGGCAGCUGCAACAAAUACGGCUGCAUCAUCGACCUGCUCCAUCUCCUUACGUUUGGCGAAGGCGCCAGCAACGAGAGCGGUCGAGUGCUCGACCAAAUCGCAGUCCCCCUCGCGUACCAAGACAAGUCGUACCUGGAAUGCUUUGUCCAGAUGCUUGUGACGCAGGAUAUUUUGUGUCUCGGGCUCUACCGAGCGCGAUCCAAGCGGCACAGCUACGUUUACGUGAACCCGAACGAAGACGUUCGCGUGCAAUACAACGACAGGUUGUUUGUGCUGCGAUGACAGAUUGACGUCGACUCCAGAGGCGGAUGAAGACGUGUCGGAACGAUCGAUCCAACUCGACAACGGAUCAAAGGGGCCACCGUCUCGACCCACGCUGCCACAGUGGACAUCGCGCCAGUUUUGAAAAAUGGUGUUUCAUUCAUGCCAUGUACCGC